GUGUCGUGACCACACCGGGUCCUGCGGUGAUCGGUUUUAUUGGUGACAGCAGUUUCUCUGUCUAAAUUCAAAUGCAGACCUCUCCUGCUUUCCAGCUCCUGCGUGCCUCUUCCAGGCGGGACCGGCUGUGGGAGCACAGGCUCAGCAAUGGCGCUUUUCCGUGUGACCAUGAUGUUGCACCAUGGGAAGCACUGGAGGUCCAUGUGUAAGGGGCUUGUCCUGGGAACACUCCUGACCAGCUUCAUGCUGCUGCUCUACUCCUAUGCCAUCCCACCGCUGCAAGUCAGCAUGACAGAGAUCCCUAUCCCCUAUUCCUGCCCCUCCUACCCAGCCCAGGCCAAGGUGCCAGCAGAGGCAAAUGGCACACGCGGCUCUCCAGGACAAGGCUGCCUGCCCAAGCUGGACAUUAUGUUCAUGAAGACACACAAGACAGCCAGCAGCACCAUCCUCAACAUCCUCUUCCGCUUCGGAGAGAAGCAUCGCCUCAAAUUCGCCUUCCCCAACGGCCGCAAUGACUUCUACUAUCCCUCCUACUUUGAGCGGAGCCAGGUGCAGCACUACCAGCCAGGUAUGUGCUUCAACAUCAUCUGCAACCACAUGCGCUUCCACUACGACGAGGUGCGCAAGCUCCUGCCGGCUGACACCGUCUUCUUGACGGUACUGCGGGACCCUGCCUACCUCUUCGAGUCUUCUUUCCACUACUUCGGGCGAGUCAUCCCCCUCACCUGGAAGCUGACAGGGGAGGACAAGCUGGCAGAAUUCCUCCGGGACCCCUGGCAUUACUAUGACCCUAAUGGGUUCAACGCUCACUACCUCCAGAACCUCCUUUUCUUUGACUUGGGCUACGACAACAACAUGAACGCCAAUAGCCCGCUCGUGGAGCAGUACUUCCAAGAGAUAGAUCAGCGCUUCCACCUUGUCAUGUUGCUCGAGUACUUUGAUGAGUCCAUGGUGCUGCUGAAGGACCUGCUGUGCUGGGAGCUGGAAGACAUCCUCUACUUCAAGCUCAAUGCCCGGAAGGGCUCCACUGUCUCCAGGCUGACACCUGAGCUCUAUGAAAAGGCUACUUCUUGGAACCUCAUCGACGCCAAACUCUAUCGCUAUUUUAAUGCCACUUUCUGGCAUAAGGUGGAUAUCUAUGGGAGGGAGCGAAUGGCAAAGGAUGUGGCUGAGCUGCAGCGGGAGAACGAGAAGAUGAAAAGUAUCUGCAUUGAUGGAGGUCACCCCGUGGAUGCCAGCGCCAUCCAGGAGUCCUCCAUGCAGCCCUGGCAGCCGCUGGGGGAGAAGUCCAUCCUGGGCUACAACUUGAAGAAGAAGAUCAACAAGAAGCACCGGAAGCUGUGCCGCAAGAUGCUGACACCUGAAAUCCAGUACCUGACUGACCUAGGGGUCAACCUCUGGAUCACCAAGCUGUGGAGCCGCGUGCGAGACUUCCUGAAGUGGUAGGCAGGGAAAGGCAGCCGUCCUUUCCCUCCCCACCCAAGGAAAGAACCAGGUGCUUUCAUUUUUCUUACUUCCUGAUCUCUUUCGGUUGGACAUGAGCAGAACUGGCUUGAGGCUCCCAAGGGGAGUGCAGUCCUCCUCCCUGGAGACCUGGGCACCCAAGCAAGAUAGACAGGACCCUCAGUGACCUUCCUUUGGAGCUCCGCUUGGACAGGAGCCUUGAAAGAGUCUGCUGCUUCAUCCACGUCGCUGCCCACUGCCCCCUCGCUGGCUCAGCCUCCUCGGCCGGGUGCUCGCAGCAGGGAGAGCGGAGUAGAGCAGAGGAAGAGCCCACGGAGCGCUGCUGCGACAGGCACCCACAGCCCCUAGCACUCAUGGGCAGGCCCUGAGAGCAAGACCAGGUCGUAGGAUGCCACUGCCAGCAACAGGGUCUUCAGGGAUUGCUGGACUUUUUCUUUCCAAGAGAAUCUGUUUCUUCCUUCCAUGCGGGACUGCUGGAGGCAGUAUACAUGACAGACCGGUCCCCUGUCAUCUCCUCAUCACAGCAAGAACAGGGGACUGGAGGUGACACACCAUGGGUCACACAGGAGAGCAAGAGUGUGCGUUGAUGGCUGUGUGUGCGUGGACAUGGCACAGUCUGCGAGGGCGGUGAGCUCGAGGGGGGACAUGUUGGCUUCACUCGCUACUCGGAGCGCAGCACGCGCUGGUGUGCAAGGUGAUGGGUACGGGAUGUGCGAGGCUCCGGCUGUUGCCUUGCAUAUUCAGGGGAAAGUUUGUGUGUGUGUGUGUGUGAGAGAGACCGGUGUGUUAGAGUGAACAAGCAUAGCAGUAACCGUGGGGCCAGUACACGUCAGUAUUGCACGACGCCCAAGGCCGCGCGUGCGCGGGAGAGGUUGUGAGUGGUCGGUCACACUGCAGACACGAGCAUCUCCCUGCGCGAGGCUGCGUUCGUCUGCGUGUCGGGCCGCAGAGGGUGAGCCCGUCCCAGCAUGCAGGGAAAGCUCGGUGCCGGGUGUUGCCGGCACGUGGAGCGUGCAGGUGUCCGGGUACGCCAAGGGGCCGAGGG